GUUUGUUAUCGCAAACCCGGUUCGAUACCGAUUUUCGCUCGAUUUAUCGAAAAAUCGUUGAAUUUUUCAUGAAAAUUUCAACAUUCGAGAGACGCGAAAUUCGACCGCGUCUCGCGGCGACGCGCGUGAACUUCUGCCGGCGCGUGUUUCGGCAGAAGUUUUUGAAAACAGGACGUGAGAUUCCGGAGAUCGAACGCCAUUCGUAAAAUAUAUAUAUAUCGAAUUGACGUGUCGAGAUAUCGAAAUUAUAAUAUCGUAAUUGGACCUACCCGGGGUACGUUCCAAAUCUUACCUUGGUUACGAAAAUGCUAUAUUUUGCGUCACGUGUACUAUAUAGUUUUCGGUUACCAAGGUAAGAUUUUGGAACGUACCCCCCCGAGCGAACGUUGACGCAAACGAAACGACCCUUCUCGAGAAUUAGGGACGUUGCGGAAUGGCGACGGAAAAGGAUCUGGUGAACGCUGUGAGGGAGUCGUUGAAGGCCGACGGAGAUCUUGAUCGCAUAAAGGCAGAAAUGCGCACGGAGGUGAUAAAAUUGCUCGACGGCUCCAGCAAAGAGAGCAAGUUGAAAACCGUCAACCCGUCUCACGAUAUAGUGUUCCUCAAUGAACUCAUCAGAGAGUAUUUGGAUUGGAUGGGAUACAAGUACAGCUCGACGGUGUUUACCGCGGAAUGUGAUCUUCCGAAACAUCCCUUGGAUCGUACGCUCCUCGCACAGGGUUUGGGAGUAAGAGAUAAUGAAAAAAGCAAGACUCUGCCGUUACUGUGCAGCCUUGUGCAGACAUUCGCCAGCUUAAAAACCUCCUAAUUGCGAUUUUUAAAGAUUGUUUAUUUUGCGUCUUACAAAUCUUACACUUGGAUAUUUUUUUUUAUAUACAAAUGUGAACUUUUAUGCACAAGAUAAAUUGGAUGUAUAUAUAUGUAUAUAACACUAUAUAUUGUGUAUUUUUCUUAAGUACCACAAAUAAAGAGAAACCACAUCGUCAAAUUCUAGUUUCUUUUUUUUUUGUUUUGUCUUGUUUUUGCGUUUUAACACAACACACAUCUAAAGUAGUUUGCUAUACAACAAACGACAAAAAACCUGCAUGUAAUAGAUAUAUUUACAAAAGAGAUAUAAAACAUAUAUAUGUAUACAUGGCAUGUAUGUGUUUGUUUGUUCGUUUGAGUGUAAAAUUUUCGGUAAAGGACAAAAAUAUGUUAAAAGAAUUUUACCAGAUUUUUAUUUGUGAGUUUUGUUCAUCUAUUGACAUCUUAGAUUACGAAAAAGUAUAAUAUAUGUGUGUAUAUUCAAAUUAAGAUCUUAAAUAAUAAUUGCUCUUAACUCAUUAUAUUAUUAUUAUUAUUAUUAAAUUUC